CCGAACCGUAUCCCAGUGCACUCCUCAUCUCCCAUCACUCUGGUCCGAGGGCUCCCGGAGCUUUCCUUUCUUUUUUUUCCGUCUUCCCGUCAUCUCUCUCCCUCCCGGACGAGAGGGCUACCCAAUUUACCUGUCCACCCGUCGCGUCGCACUACUCCGAAGAUCACCUCCCGACCCACCUGCCUCGUGAUAUUUUCUUGGGACGCGGCUCAAGAUGCAAGAGCCCACAAAGAAAGAUGAGACGCCAAAUGGCCAGCCAGCAGAAAGUGUUGCCCCAGACAGUAACGGUGCCCUGCCCCUACCUGAGAUAACCCUGGAGAUUUCUCCACCCCCAGAAGCGGUAGCAGAGGGGAAAGAGCCAGUAGAGACUGAUGGGAAGAAGCCAGAGGCCACAGAGCCUGAGCCGUUACAGGCUGUGGUGGCUCAGGAGUCGAGCCCCACAGAGAAUGGCUCGAACCAACCACAGCCUGGUGGGGUUGGGGUAAAAGAGCAAGCAGGGUCCGGUAACUCUACUGUAAAAGACGAGGGCCCUUGCUCCCCCCCACAAACUGAUGAUGAUGAUGCUGCAGCAACUACCCCAUCCCCAACAACCCAAGCAGAGGAUGCCAAUUCACCAAAGAAACUCUUAAUCGAGUUGCCUAAUGAUAGCGUGCCAGCCAUGGGGAGAAAAGACUCAGUGUGGUCUCUGGGAGAGGGCCAGGGACUAGAAGAACUGGACAAGCCCAUUGAGAGCCCACCACAGUCCACCCUGAUGAUAGAGAGUCCCCAGAGUGCUGUGAUCUCUGUGGGUGGAGACAUCACCUUUGUCGCCAAGGUGGAGGCCAAAGAUCUCCUCCGCAAACCCACAGUCAAGUGGUUUAAAGGAAAAUGGAUGGAUCUGGCCAGCAAGACAGGAAAGCACUUACAGCUGAAAGAAACCUUCGACCGAUUGACCAAGAUGCACACAUUUGAGAUGCACAUGAUCAAGGCCAAAGACAACUAUGCCGGAAACUACAGGUGUGAAGUCACCUACAAGGACAAGUUUGACAGCUGCUCCUUUAACUUGGAGGUUAAAGAAGCUGAACAGAGCUCACAGAAUAUUGAUAUUCGAUCAGCUUUCAAAAGAAGUGAAGGACAAGAGGACGCAGGGGAGCUUGACUUUAGUGGUCUCCUAAAACAUAGGGAGCCCAAACAGCAGGACGACACCCCCGAGGUGGACGUGUGGGAGAUCCUGAAGAAAGCCCGGCCGGAUCAGUACGAGAAGAUCGCCUUCAUGUACGGCAUCACGGACCUGAGGGGUCUGCUGAAGAGGAUGAAGAAGAUCCCCAGAGAGGAGAAGAAGAGCGAAGCUUUUGCAAAGAAACUGGAGUCGGCCUAUCAGGCGGAUAAAGGGGGGCGGAUCCGCAUGGUGGUGGAUCUGGCCGACCCCACGGUGGAGCUGAAGUGGUACAAGAACGGGCAGGAGAUCAGGCCAUCGCCCAAGUAUAUUUUUGAGCAUAAGGGCACACAGAGGAUUAUGGUUAUCAACAACUGCUCCUUGAAUGAUGACGCGGCGUAUUCUGUAGCUGCAGGAGACGAGAAAUGCUGCACAGAGCUGUUUGUCAAAGAGCUGCCGGUGAAGAUAGUGAAAGACAUCGAGGCUGUGAAGACCACGGUGAACGAGAGGAUCGAGCUGGAGUGCGAGGUGUCAGAGGAAGGCGCUCAAGUCAAAUGGAUGAAGAACGGCGUCGAGGUGCCGACGGGAGUGCGCUCCAGAUACCGAGUGAAGUGCGAAGGAUUAAAACACUUCCUGGUGAUCAAUGACGCCUCCAGGGAGGACACCGGGUCGUACUCCAUCAUGGCUACCGGCGGCACGUCUGAGGCUCACGUGCAGGUCGACCUGAAGCCCCUGAAAGUGUUCCAGGACCUGCAGGAUCAGAAGGUGCUGCUGGGUCAGCCCAUCAAGCUGCAGUGUGAGAUCUCCCCCGGCAACGUCCCCGGCCGCUGGUACCGGAACGGACAGCUGAUCCAGCCCAACGACCGCAUCAACAUCGUGCACAGGAACAGGGUUCAUCGUCUGGAAAUUGCGGCCGGCACCCUCCACGAUGCAGGAGACUACACGUUUGUCCCGGACGGAUAUUCACGGAGCCUCUCGGCCAAGCUCAACAUCAUUGAUCCGCCGAGGGUGCACUUGGAAAGCUUGAACUUCCCAGAGAACACGGUGACAAUCGUGGCGGGAAAUAAACUUCGCUUGGAGAUCCCCAUCAGCGGAGAACCAGCACCCAGGGUGGUGUGGAUGAAGGGUGAAAGGGUGAUUCUCGAGUCGGGCCAUCGCGUCCACACUGAAACGAGCGCCGACCAGACGAGCCUGAUGAUCGACGUCACGGAGCGGGACGACACAGGCAACUACAAGAUUGUCCUGCAGAACGAGGCGGGUGAAGCCACGGCCAGCAUCAAAAUCAAGGUGGUGGACAUCCCUGACCCUCCAGAGGCUCCUUUGGUCCCCGUGGUGGGCGGGGAUUGGUGCUCCAUGACGUGGGAACCGCCAAAAUAUGAAGGGGGCUCACCGAUACUAGGAUACUUCAUCGAGAGGAAGAAGAAACAGAGCUCCAGAUGGAUGAGGCUCAACUUCGACCUCACCAAAGAAACAGCCUUCGAACCCAAGAAGAUGAUCGAAGGCGUGUCGUACGAGGUGCGCAUCUUUGCGGUCAACGCCAUCGGUGUGUCCAAGCCCAGCGAACCAUCCAUACCCUUCACUCCCCUCGCUGUGACCAGUGAGCCCACCAUGCUGGUGGUGGACGACGUCACCGACAUCACGGUGACCGUGAAGUGGCGUCCUCCCGAAACCAUCGGGGCCGCCGGUCUGGACGGGUACUUAGUGGAGUACUGCGUAGAAGGAACUGACAUUUGGGUCGCUUCCAACAAAGAGCUGACAGAUAAGACCAAGUACACCAUCACCGGGUUGACUCCGGGGGUUCGGAUGCUAGUUCGAGUCAAAGCCAUCAACGCUGCCGGAGCCAGCACUCCACGCACCAUCCAGCACCACGUCCUGGUCAAAGAGGUCAUCGAACCACCAAAGAUCCGCGUCCCCCGACACUUGAAGCAGACGUACACCCGUAGAGUUGGAGAAGCGGUCAACCUCGUCGUGCCAUUUCUGGGCAAACCAAGGCCAAAGGUCACCUGGGUGAAAGAGGGCAACGCCAUCGACCCGACCCACGUCAGCAUCCGCAACACAGACUGCGACAGCAUCAUCUUCAUCCGCAAGGCCGAACGCAGCCACUCCGGAAAGUACGAGAUGGCGGUGCAGGUGGAGAACCACGUGGACACGGCCAUCAUUGACAUCCAGGUCGUAGACCUGCCCGGGCCUCCUCAGUGUGUGACCAUUGAAGAUGUUUGGGGAGGGAACGUGGCUCUGGUGUGGACUCCUCCCAAAGACAACGGCAACGCCCCGAUAACAGGCUACACCAUCCAGAAGGCCGACAGGAAGACGAUGGAGUGGUACACGUGCAUCGAGCACUACCACCGCAGCUGCAUCACCAUCACGGAGCUGGUGGUGGGGAACGAGUACUUCUUCAGGAUCUUCGCCGAGAACAUGUGCGGCCCGAGCGACACCGCCACCCAAACCAAGAAAAGCGCGCUCAUCGUCAAAGAAAGCAUGCAGCUGAAAACGCACGAUUACAGCGACCACGACUUCAUGGAGGCGCCGAAGUUCACGCAGCCGCUGAUCAACACGUCCGCCAUCGCCGGCUACAACGCCACUCUCAACUGCAGCGUCCGGGCCAACCCGAGGGCCAAAGUGAUCUGGAUGAAGAAUAAGAUGGCUAUCCUCGACGACCCGCGCUACCGCAUGUUUAGCAACCAGGGAGUAUGUACUCUAGAGAUCAGGAAGCCCAGCCCCUACGACGGCGGUACGUACACCUGCAAGGCCGUCAACGACCUGGGAGAGGCCCAAGUGGACUGCAAGCUGGAGGUCAAAGGAGGCUUCACCUUCUACGAACUCAUGCAACGCGGAGUGCCCCUGCACCUGAUCGACAAGUACAUCAACGAGAAGAUUGUCGAUCAAGAAGAAGUAAAGAAAAUGGAAACAUUGCAAUGAGACACGUGUGCUUUGCUGACAUCUGCAGCUGAUAGUGACCUUCUUCUCUCACCUGUUGGAUGGAGGGUCGAUAGAGCGAUGGCCAGGCUGAUGGGGGAGUGUGGGGGAGGGUGUACUGGUCUGUGGCAUGCUGUGUGCACGUUUGGAGCUAUUUACUGUAGAACUAUUUUUUUUUUUAAAGCUAGAUCUUUUCUUUGUCACCCUCUUGUGUUUGAAAGACUGCAUCAGCUCAGAUGCAUGCCAGUGUUAGUUUUAGCUUUUGCGUGUAAAAUAAAUAAUAAUAAAAAACAAAUAAGUACAUAUAUCAGUGUACAUUUGCAGUAUUUUACAUGUUGAUUCUUGUCGGGAACGUCUGCUGAAUUUAUUUCCGUGAUCUGAAAGAAGGGCAAAGGGAGUGUAGAAACAAUGUGUUGCUGGUUGUAUGCCAUGUCAGUACUUCAAAAUAAGAGAGCAAUUUAAGAAGAGCAGAGUAAUGUUUGAUAAGUGAUGAUAAUUGCUCAUUUCACUUUUUCUGUGUGGGUCAUUCAUGUCAAAUCAGUGAGAACAUGUGGAGGUUUACACAGUCCGUAUUCUGCAUGACACUAUGCUUUUUUUGGAUUCAUAUUGGACUUGACGUUUGAUUGAUGCUCAGUCAUGUGCGCGUGGAUUUACCUUUGUAAUUAUGACCCAUGGAUUACAAUAAAAAAGUCAUUUUAAAAUGUGA